AUGAGCGAUACAGAAAUUGAGGUCCCUCCUCUCCCAGAACCGAUUCUCCAGGCGCCCAGACCUCCAAAAAAGCUAAAACCAGCGAGAAAGCAGGUCAAACCAGGAGACGUUGUCAAGACAGAGACGGUGCAGACUGGCAAGGAAUACAAUAUCUGGUACAACAAAUGGGCUGGAGGCGACCGAGAAGACAGCUAUUCGAAUAAAACGAAGUCCCAAACCCGAUGCAGCAUAAAGAAAGACUCGGGGCUUACGCGAGCCAACACAACAGGCAUGAAGUACAUCUGCCUCUUCUUCGCGCGUGGGUGCUGUCCAUACGGCUGGGAGUGCGAAUACAGACACACCCUACCCGACCCCACGGACGUGAUGCCCGACAGCUCGAAAGAUUGCUUUGCAAGGGACAAAUUCGCCGACUACCGUGACGACAUGGGUGGUGUUGGUAGCUUCAAUCGCCAAAAUCGAACGUUGUACGUCGGGAGAAUCAAGGAGACGGGAAAUGGCCAGGAGACAGAGGAAGUCGUGACAAGGCACUUUAGGGAAUGGGGCACGAUUGAGCGGAUACGCGUCCUUCAAUACCGCUCUGUGGCAUUUGUGACUUACGUCGACGAAGUCAAUGCUCAAUUCGCAAAAGAGGCGAUGUCAUGCCAGUCUCUCGACAACGACGAGAUCCUCAACGUGCGAUGGGCCACGGAAGAUCCAAAUCCUGUGCAAAAGGUCGCCGAGAAGCGCCGCCUGGAAGAGAUGGGCCAGGAAGCUAUCAAGUCACGCAUGGACCCCCGAAUCGUCGAUGCUAUGCGCUCGGUUAGGGCGUUGGAGGAUGGAGAUGUGCUAGAGCAGGAUGACGAGGAGGAAGAGGACCAUGAACAGCCAGAUCCAAAGAGGAGACGGUUGGCUCUAGAGGGCGGAGGCUCGGCGUCGCCGCCUCCGCAGGAGCAGGAAAGUGCCCCGCCUGCUUCAAAGGGUCUUUUGAGCUCGGACACGCUAGAAAGUCUAAAGUAUUUUGCGGAGCUGCAAAAACGAAACGGAGCUGUUGUCAAACAGCAGCGUGCACCUCCGAAGUCGACAGCAGGGCUUGGGUUGGCGGACUACGGCAGUGAUGAAGAUUAG